AUGUGUGGAUAUCACCGUGAUGUAAAAAGUUUGACUCCUGCCCAUCCCAAUCUCUCUCCGUUCCACACCGCCUCCGCACAGCUGUACCGCCUCCCUUCCCUUACAGAUCGGCGGGGACGGGAGAGCGCAGCGGGAGCUCGGGGCCGCGGUGGUGCGCACGGCGGCCGCCCUGCCCUUGCCCCUCUCUACCGCCCCGACCCCGGUGCCGCCUCCCCGACCCGACCCCAGGCGCCGCCACCCCGCCUUGUGCAGAGGCGCCGCCCCCGCCCCGAUCCCCCGAGGAGCUGCCCCGCCGACGACCUCUCGGCCCUACGCGCCGCCGUCCCCGCUCGGAACCCUCAACACCCGGCGCUGACGCCUGGACCUCGGGACCCCCACGCUGCCCUCGACCCCGGCUCCAAUCGGUGGCUCCACUGCUCUCGUCUUCUCGCUUCCUCCGGCGUCCUCACCUCUGCUGGGCUGGCGUCAAGCGGAGCUCAUCUUUCGUCGGUCAUCGAUGGCUUCUUGAGGUUGGAAGUGGUGCAGGUGAUAAUGCUACGGCGGCUGUCACCAACUCCACGGCAUCAGAUGGGGACAAGGUUGAACUCAUAUUUUGUAUCGAUAGAUCAUGUCCUCCCGAUGGUCGAAUCUGUUAUUGUUGCGGCACUAUAAAGCCGUAUUACUGCUACGACACGAGGAGCGAGUAGUGCAAGACCAAGUGCAACGUCUGCAACCCCAAAUGCCCACCGCAUGCGGCUCUUCCACAAGCACCCGCCGCUCGUCUGCAAGUGCCCGCCACGGACCAUCCGGAGCAUCAUCGGCUCAACUCUACCUUGGCCAAUGCAACCUAAAUCGUUGUCAAAAUAGAGUGGGUGCCUGAGAAUAAAAUCACUUGAGUGAAUGUUAUGGCUAUCAUGUCCGAGAAUAAAACUAUUUAUUACCGUCGUGUCUUUGAGAAUAAAACUAUGCAAGUCACAAUGCAUCUUGAACAGAUA